AGUCCUGCUCGAAUAUUGGACAAGGUACAACUCUUUAGUCAGAUCAUAAAGUGAAGUAGAGGCGCACUGUGAUGUAACAAAACGAAGCGCCACAACGAAGAAUGAUGAAACAAGGCCAGAAUCCGUAUGUCCAGGCUGCGGCAACUCGGCGGUCAUUCGGCGCGGUUACUGCUGGCGUUGCCCUGCCCGAGAGCAGUUCAUCCGCUAUGACUUACUCGAGACUCGCCGAGCGAUCCGCCCUUCUGAGUUCGAGGUUGACGUCGAAGUUCAACAUGCGGAACAGGAGUGCUCCUGCAAAUGAACUUGAUGAACCACCAGACAAUAGAACAUCAAACAGCAUUACAACUUCUGCUAGUGUACAUCGAGGAGAUGGACCUACAUCGAGAGCGUCUUCAACGUCUGCACGAGGAGGAGGUGUACUUACGGGUACAAGUGCAGCUACAUCUUCUUCUGCACCACAUCGCUCAACCGGCUCUUCGUGGACUUCCGCGAGGAUGGUCACGUCGCCCCGAUUUGGACGGGAAUCGUCGUCCUCUGCCGCAAGUGGAGAUAGCGAACCAGACCAGAAAAAGGCGUCGAACCAAAAACAGAGCAAGAACAUCAACAUCUUCGACAGACAUAAAUCAAAUACAACGAACAAUAUUAGACAUCAACUUGCUGCAGGAGUAUCCUCCUCAUUGUCAGAAGGCAACAAGAACGCUCCAUUCGUAGAUCCACUUGCGGACGCUCUUGAGCAACCUAGACGCAGGGCUCCAGCUGCAACACGUGCACCUCGAACGCCUGUUGUGCUACCAUCUUUAUGCAUACGUUUUGAAUUCGAGUAGUUUUCCAUAAAAAUAUGAUUAUUAACAUCUAUUGUUAUAUAAUAUUAAAAUCCGAUGCAUGGCAGUGUUUAAGAGCUAUACUCAAAUUGAUUAAGAUCGUCAUCUCACUGCCCACCUCUAAUGUCCAGACCAAACGCAGGAGCGAAUGGAAAGAAUACCACAGCCGCAAUAAAUGCAGACGCGAACAACCCAAGCACGUCGAAGAAGAACACGUAUUCAUCCAGACGGCCAGGUGGCAGAUCUCCACCUUCCUCCAAAGGGAAGGGUGCUGCAGUUGCGAUUUCGUCUCCUGAAGUUGAGGCUCCAUCAAGUGUCGAAAAAGUCACCAAGCGAAGCAAGAGUAGAAGCCGUGGCGGCAGUCCAGGCUUGAUUGAUGUCAUCAGCGACCAAAGCCAGAGACCUUCAUCAAAGCUUGGAGAAAUUUUGUCGAUGAGCGACAAAAGGCGAAGUACACCUGUGAUGUCGCCUCCGGGUUCGUCAGUGAAGAGUUCACCGACAGACGUGAUGUCCUCCGCCAAAGCUAGUCCGCAGAGUCCAUCAACUCUGAGCUUCCCAAGAGGCCUGAUAACGAAAGCAUACGCUAAAAGAGGAGCUUCAACGACGGACAAGCCAGGUGCAGGAGUUGAUAAAGAAAUGGCCAUGCCGACUAAUUCGGCGAAGACAGCUGGAAGUGAAACGUCGUUCGCAAAAUUCACUGAGGGGAAACUCUUUGGGUACAACUAAAUCGUGUGAAUUUGCAUGAAUAAUUUUGUAACACAUGAUGAACAUCUCACUCUCAUCUUUCUCCUAGUGGCCGUAGUUGUUCCCUCGCUAAGAUUGAGGAUAGCUGCUCAGCAUGCCAUUUUUUAACUUCAAAAUGUUUCUAGGUCCUCUGCGUCUUCAAGCGAGUCUGUCGACCCAGGUACAACGAACAAGGAUAGCAUCAAAGGCACUUCUUUUGCUCCCUUCGCGGUUUCUUUCUCCUGCGCAUCUACGUCAGCAGAACGCUCAGUGGAUGUCGACGACUACACGAUGAAUGAGAAUUCAGCUUCAUCUUCUGCUUCGGCGAGUGCAAGUGCUUCAGCUUCGGCAAAUGCUUCAUCAUCAUCCGCUGUCAAGACUUCGACCGCGACUUUGCAACACCUCCUCAUACAAGAAGGGGGACUUUUAGCCAGUUCAUCCUCGUCUGGAGGAGGAUCGAGAGAAGGAGUAAUUCCAAACAACUAUGACGAACAUUAUCGACAGCAAAUACAAAAGAUAUUGUUGGCUCAACAGGGAGGUGGCGACCAGGAUACUGCUGCUGGCGCGAUGAAAGCAAACAAAGCCCCCUUUUCUCCACCAACCAGCACCACGACCUCAGCUUUCUUGUAUGCACCACCUCUGGCAGAAGACGAGAUCGAUAUUUCGCCAGAAAAGAUCGGACCAAUUGUGCCAUUACCGGAAGAAGUUGAGAAACUGCGAGAAAAACUCCGAGCCUCACUGCCGUCUGACUUACUCGGGAGUUAAGGCUGUUCCUGUUGUGUCUAUGUCAAAGUCAAAUCUUUCCUUUCUUUUAAUGAAGGCAAGCUUUAGUUACUUCUACAAGGAAGAGAUCAUUCAGGACACUGCAUCGACAAGUUGUCGUAGUCGUUGACGUUGUCCGCCAAAAAUCCAUCUAUAUCUAAUUUGAGAAGCCAGCUAUCAAAUCGAUUCGCUUGGAAGAUUUGUGUGGCGGCGCUGACAUCGGAAAAGGUAUCCGUCCUCUCGCAAUCGCUUGUACUUCUUCUACGACCUCCGAAGGGAUACUACGAGCAGGGGUACGAGCUGAAGGUACGAGUGGGACGGGACGAGUUUCGGUAGCCGAGGCUGUGGAAAGGAUCGAAAAUCCUGAUCCGUUCAGCAAGGGCACAGUUACAAGUAAAGACUCCUGCUCUGUUCGAACCUUAGGAUCGCCUCCGCCGGAUGUCUACGUAAAUCAGCUCAUUUUGCCUGCUCAGUAUAAUGCCAGUGGAAGUAGAACGGUAAGGACAGCGACAGGUGGAGCCAACAAUGGCGCGACUUUGAUGGGCUCAUUUGUUGCGCCGUUUCAACCACAGCCGAUGUAUAGCGGGAGUACAGGUGGACCAGGUAGUACUAGCGGACCAGAGUCUACAGGGGCGGGCAAAGUACUCUACACUACCAUGACAAGAGCCGCAUCCGCCGAGCCGCGUCGAGCGGCAAGCGCGAAAGAGCUAGCCGAAACACAACGCUGUCAAGCUGCGAGACAGGCUUUGAUGGGCAAUGGUUGGGCAGGUUCUGGACAUGGACUUGGUACUAGAGGUUACACACCAAUGAUACCUGUUGGAGCAUACUUUCCAUCAUCAUCGACUAGUGGUGUGCGAUCGGCUUCUUUGCAACCGCAGAUACGGGCUUCUUCUGGUGCUGGAGGAUCGUCGUCUAGUACAACAGGUGCAAAUCCAGGAGGAAAUGUUGGAAGAACUACACGAGGUCCGGGUCAAGAACCACGACCAGCAUCUGGCUUUGCAACUCCGAAUCUUCAGCAGGGUUCUGGCACAAGUACGGCACCUCCGCUAGGAGUAGUAGGCGCCGCAGUACGAACUGCGUCUACAACGUCCGCAACACGAAUAGCGAAUGCAGCCACGAACACCACACCAACGACUUCCUACACUGCAACACCAGCACACUUACACAACACAACUGCUCGCCCUUCAGGAGGUCGCUCUUUCUCCUGUGAACCGAAAUUGUUAAAGCUGCCUCGCAGUUUUUACAACUAUCCCUCUAUCGCUCCGGUGAUUUCGCGGAUAUCAUCCGCAGCUUCAACUCCCAGAGGCUCGAAGGAAAUUGCAGUCGUGAAAAGCAAGAACAUGGUAGUGAGCUACUAUCAAGAAGAACCGGAAUCAGCGAGCUUGUCUGCAUCACGUGCAUCCAGUGUUACAUCUAAUAGGGGUACUAUUGGAGGUGGAGGAGUUGUCGGCGGACUAGGUCUUCUUGGGUCUCUAGGAGGUGUUCAUCCCUCUUCAAUAACUAGUCAAAACUUCCUCACUAGCACCUCUACUUCGUCAGCUAGACAGAGACAGCAGUCACUACCAGCACAGCUAACUUCUAUCAGACCCCUUUCUUCGUCAGGAACAAAUUUGUUGUCGGCACCACAGAACGCGAACAACUCUCUCAUAGUCCAACAACAUCCCUCAUCUUCCACUUCUACUACCUCCUACACCGAUUAUGGGGCUGGAGGUGUUGUGAGAGCAUCACUUCCAGUAACAACUAGCAGUGGCGCGUAUCUAGGAGGAACACAAAAUGGGAGUGCUGCAGGACCCACACCAAUUCGGCUGCCUCCGAACUUGUUCUACCAGACUACUUCUUCCACUGUUCUCGCUGAUGGAACCACACAAGUCCUGGUUACGCCAAGGGGUGGUGAGAAACAGAUACCACUCUACUCCACGAUUGACUACCAGCAGAAACAUCCAGGUCCACAAGGAGCCACGGUCCACAAGGAGCAAACGCCUUCGAAAGAGGCAGCAAAUCGUAUUUUGGAGCAGUCGUCGUCAAAGCAAACAGUGGAAGGAUCAUCUGGGCAAUUAGCGGACUACAAUCCAGGACCGUCGAGUGCAAUCAUGAGCGAGCAAGAGGAGUUGCGACAGUUCAUAGAGAAGGACACAGAGAAGAGAAGACUACAGCAGAGUACGACCUUGGGUCUAGGUGCAGCAGCUGUAGGUCACGUUACUGAAGAUACUCUCGAAUAUGAUCAACUGAACGUUGGACCCUUCAGAUACCAUCUUGGAGCACGUAAGGUGGAUGACGACACGAGAGGAGUCCCAGCGAAACAAGAUCCCAACGACCAGCAAAUAGAAGGAACACAUACUGCGGUAUCGAAGUACACUCCCUAUGAGAAGGUCCUCGCAGUCUCCGAAGAAGCUACGCAACUUCGAAAUCCCAACCUCGAAAUCGGCUUUAUGGGAUUGCCAGCGAAUCCAGAUAGUCUCUCCUACCAAGCAGCUUCCGUUGCUCUACGCAUAGAAGGGUACGAUAACUUGCCAGUGGAUGGGUAUUCAGAGAUAACUUGGAUGGCACCUGGUGGCACUGUCAAGAAGCAUACGAACGCAAGGAUACUGACCGGAGACGAUCCAGUUUACAUUCCCAGCUUGCGAAACCAGUUUGUUCGCAUCAUGGUUCGGAAAAGGAGCUUGAACGUUGGGGGAUACGAGUGGUACUAUUCGAAAGUUGUAUUUCUAUUUAUACCACUUAAGUAGUUCAUGAGUGCGACCACUUGGUUUCACUUCAUAAUUUUUUGUUUUGGUGCUCAUCUUUUGUGCGUCGUGUAGUUCGGAGUUCAACUUCUUCGAGUCAUAAUUUGAUCACGAGGCGUUCCUAGUCGAACAAAGAGCCACCUCAUCGUACCACAUACCACAACCACUACAACGCCAGUUAUUUUCCCGCCGAUUUUCUGAAAGAGCGUGGCGCCAAUUCGGAUGUUUGGUUCGCAAUGGCCACCUAUCAGCCAAGCAACACUCCGGAGGCUUGUUUUCAAGCGUGCUUGAAGCACGGCAACCAAUUAACCUAUCCGCGGAUACGAGUUACUGGUGGUAAUUUCCGGAAUUUGUUGCAAUUCUUCGAGAACCGUGUUGGCCUGCUGGAGGCGGAAAAGUACUUAUUUCUGGAUUUUCUAAAUCUGAUUUAUUUUUUGAUUUUGCAGUUCGGAGUUAUAGUUCCCGUACGCGUAAAGGUAGACAUGAUCAUGAUUAUAGUCUUCAAUGAAAAUGAUUUUUUAUCCAGAAUCCGGUUCGUUCCCAGUUGUAUUGUUCUUCUUCAUCCACCGAGCUCUUUCAUUUUCAAGCAACUGAGAAGAAGAAAUGUUCAUGUUGCUGAAAAUGAAAGAGACUCUUUAUCAUGCUUUGGAUGUUGUUCUAUCUGCUUCUCGUCCGUGUUCAAAAGCGUUCAGGCAUAACCUGCUUGCGAGGAAAAAUAAAAAUUCUGGCAAAUGCAGAUCUUCCUUAAGAGAUCGCUAUUUCCUCUGCCAAUAUUCAUUCAAAUAUAUGUGCUUACAGAUCCUCCACGAGUUUGUCUCUCGUGAUUUAUUUCUGGUCCGUCCUUCUGGUUCUGUGAUUUUAAUCCUGAUCAUUGUCAGGAUCAUGUUAUUGAAUUUUUCACAGCAUGGACAACGUCAUGAUGCUUUCCCUAGAUUCUCCCUAGAUUCACCAAAAAACCAUGGAAUAGAUCAAUGACAUUCCGCGCAUUUUAGGUUCAGCAUCUUCAAAUUCUUGAAUCCGAUACUUAUUUUUUAUUUUUUGUUUUUCUGUACCACAACUUCAACUACUACUACAACAUAUACUUCGUCAAUCACCAUCCAAAAAAAACCGAGGGUUAGGCAACGGGAAAAAAUGGGCCUCAACUAUAGAUUUUUUUGCUACUAGGCUUCCGUUUCGAGUUUCGCUUUCUAGAAACAACAGACUGCAACAACUACUCAUAUUCUUGAUAUAUCUAUUCAUCGACAGAGUUAUUAACACGUUCAGCAAUCUCAAUAGUUGUUUCCAUCUAGUCAGAAUCCAACGAGAAGUAGUAGAAUUAGAAAAACCAAGAGUGGACGCGGACGAAGAGAAGAAAAAAAAGAUGCCUAAAAUCCGCACGUUGAGAACCAAGAAGGCACCAGCUGGUUUCGAGGAUGUGGAGCCUGUGUUAACCGAAUUGAACGAGAAACUGAAAGAAGCGGUGAACGAGAGUCACGAAGGCAAGAGGAAGAAUGAGGCACAGUGGCCGAUUUUUCGAAUCGAGCAUCAGAUGAGCCGAUACAUCUACGAACUCUUCUGGCGCAAGAAACAAAUUAUUAUGGAAACGGAACAAUAAUGGCUUUCUAAAUUUGGAGUGAUGUAACAGUAAAAGCAGCAACGUGUUUGAUAAACGUGUAGAACUAGUAGUAUCUGCAAAAUACCAAACAAGUGACGGUCGUGUCAAAUUUCGAGACGGAGACACUUUGUUGCAGCUUAAUAAUUUGUUCAGCUGCAACAUGUUUCCAAGUUGAAGAAUAUUCCUCUAUCGCCGGAUCGAUCCUCCUCUAAUUUCUGUCGAGAACUCUACGACUGGCUAUGCGAAGAAAAGUACGUGAAUCAAGCGUUGAUCAGCAAGUGGCGGAAGCCUGGCUACGAGCGGUUGUGCUGUAUGAAGUGUAUUCAGCCCAAGGAUUCAAACUUCGGAACCACUUGUAUUUGUCGUGUUCCACAGCACAAGUUGCACAACAGAGAAAAAGUCAUCGAGUGCCAGCACUGUGGUUGCCGAGGAUGCGCCAGUGGCGACCAAAAAGUCGUGCGCCCAAAUAACACCAAGAGUGGAGCAGUUAUCACGUCAGGUGGUCUGGAAGCAGCUGGAGCAAGUAGUUCAUCGAAAAAUAGAUUCCUCCCUUAUGGUGGCAGAGAUCCGUCGAAAGGCGACGGAGGAGAAUGCGAAGAGCAUGGUGGAGGGCUUCAGUGUCCCCCAGUCGUACCAGAGGGAGGUGAAUCUGAUGAUGAAUUCAAGUUGUGAUGGAGAGGACAUCCUUCAUUCUGUAACAUGUUGGUCACGCUGUGCUGGCUGUGGCUGCUGAUCCAUCAUCAUGGAGGAAAGCUGCAGAAUCAUGUUCACAUUACCGUCACAACUACAUGUCACACAACUCGCAUUGACGUUGCCACCAACCCCUACCCCACAACGAACUGCUCUCCUCAACUUUCUAUUACUGAAGGAAGGCAGAUUCUGAAUCUCCGCAACUACAACUUGCGAUAAAUUUUCGAUUCGCUCGUUUACAACGUUUCAUCACCUGUAUCUUCGGAGGCUGCGUACCUCGUCGCCUUGUCGUUCCAUCGUGUACUCACAAUGUCGUUAUAUAAUUCUAUCUAUGAAUCGGUGUAGUUAUUCUUAUUCAUUGUCGAAAAUACCAUUCUAGCACUAGUUCUUUUCGGUCGAAUUUUAGUGAUGCUUCAACCAGAGGUGUGGGAAUCUACACCGGAAGUUGUGAACAUGACUAUCACGAACAUCUGUAUCCAAGGGAGCGACUCUUGGAGUUGCGAGCGGACAAAGCUGUUGUCGUUUUUCACUGAAACAAGCGUCGAGUGCCAAGUGAGAUUGAGAGAGUCGAGGCUGUGACGCACCUGUAGAACUACCCAGAAAUCCUUUACCCCACGAGUUCCUCCGUCAAGGUAUGAUCUUUGCAGAUCCGCCUGUUUUUCACUUUGAAAACCAAAACCUGAUGGUUAUUGAAGAAUUAUACUUCCUCGUAAGAAAUUUGGUACAUUCGCAUCAUACAACAGCUUCCAUCAACGCGAACAGCUGACGACGCAGCAAGAGCAGCUUGAGAAUUUGCGAGUACAUGCUGUUGGGGAGGUUGCGAGAGGCGUACCUCCGGAGCCACACGAUCCACAUCUUAAUCUUUCUCGCCCAGACGAUGGUCCUGUGGCUGCGACACCUGGUACCACUGCCGGGGAUCUCCCUAGCCAAUCGACUCGAACCGAUGUCGCGAACGCUCAGGUUUUGCCAGCCUCGCCAGGGACUGAGUUAAGGCACUUUGACUCUUUCAUGGGUGAAUAAACGAAAGAUGCUGGUUGCUUGCUAUUGAUAUACCCAGUGUACUACUAGAAGUUGAAAGUUGAAAUUAGUGACCAUGACAUCAAACCUCAAUUCUACAAUUGCGCAGCACGAGAAUUUUGCUCUGCCGACGUGCGUUUCUAGAAAAUCAAAAUGAAACUGUACUCAUCUCUGGAGGAGCCUCUCGUCCAUCGUCUUCUAAUCCCCGGCGUCAUCCCUAUCUUGCCUCCCCCUUUCGGUGCGGGAAGCAAAUUCAAAAAAGCCGCUGCUGGCAUUGCCAAGAGCAAGACAGCGAAUUCACUGUCACCUGAAGGAAAUUUGAACAAAGUAAGGGGCGUAGGGUCUCCUGGAGGAGGGCUCGAGCGAGUGGAAGGGCACGAGCUACUAGAGGAUAUGCUGGAAGAUGAUAGCGACAGUGUAGCAAACGAACGACGGAAAAUGAAGAAAGCCAGUAAUUAUUCGACUUCACUAGUACUUUUGACUUUUGAUGUGGCAACUUCCUCUGCUUCAUUGAUUCUCUUCUUCUUCUUCUUCAGCAACGGAGCUUGUGACUGCACCAGAGGGGAUGAAUAUCGACAAGUAAAUUUGUUUUCAAUAUCGAUAAGGUCCUUAUCGAUAUUGAAAACAUAAGGAUAAGAUUUUGGUUAAUUUGUAUCCUCGUCAGGAGCCUUGUUUAUUUCAUGAGCAGGACUUUAAUAUACCACCAAAAAUCCACAGACUCCGGCUCCUUUUCGGGUGUUACUUCCGGAGAAAGACUGCUUACUCCUUCCAUGAAAUCCGCUCCUGGCUCUUCGACACGGAAUGGGAAUCCUAUCAACAACUCCGAGGAACUCCAAAAAAAUAGAACACCGAAGCUGCUCUCCGCGACAAGACGAAAAAGCCAACAAGAUCAAGCAAAGAUGUUCGAUGGCUGGGAUAGUACUACAUCUUCAAAAGAAGCCAACAAGAACUUCGCUCCACCGGAAGUUUUACUCGCGGCUUCUUCAGUCGUGCGAGAUGCUAAACUUCGAAUGGGUGCUGCCGGUACUGGUGAGAAGAAGAAAGUCGAAGUAGUUGGAGGUGCGGCUGAUACUACAAGUACAACAAAGAAAGCAGCUUCAUCGUUUAGCUUUGAUGCAGCUGCAUGUUAUCAUGGGAGCUCAUCUUCAAGUUCGACUGCGGGUCGUGCGCGUAAUCGCGGGGCUUACACAGCAGCUGACGACCUUGAAACGGGGAAGGAGAUAGACUACGAACGCUUCAAUUACGGCUCUGAUAAUGAUAUUAAGUACAUACUCUAGAUCUAGUGUAGAAGGUCCCGCUCCCGCAUUUCGUCUCUCUCGAGAUCCGUAUCUGUUAGUGUCGCGGCAACAUGAUCAAUGUGAGAGUAACGGUAACGACACUCCCUUCACCUCUAAUUUCCAAUGCACGUCGAGGACUAUAUUGACCCGUAUCGGCUGGUUGCAAAGGUAAAAAAGCUGGCAGAAGGGGAAACAUCACUUGACGUGCAAGUUCUUGGAGGAAAAAAAGAAUGUUCAAAGGAGGCGGGCGAGGCUGCUGGAGAAGAAGCGGGGUUCGAACCAGUUGUCGAGAUAGGGGAACAUCACGGAUCGUCGUCGUCAAGCAAGAUUUAAGGAUCAGUUAUAGAUUUUUUUUUUGAGAUAGGAGCAUAUGAAUCAAUAUGCAGGGGCACAUUCCAAAUCAAUGGUGAAAUGUCAGUUUAUGUUUCAAAGCCUUUUACCUUUUCAACUGAUGAGCAUUAAUCAAUGCCUUUAUUUCCUCUAAUAAUCAUCGUCCGUCUUGGAUAUGCGAACGUCAACAGAUGAAGAGCUAGUGCUGGGAGAAGCCUUACUCUCAACUUCGACUUACGCAGAGGGUGCUGCACCAAAUGAGACCACGGCGAGGGCGACAUCAACUAGUAAGACGCAUGCCGAACAAGAAAAGACCACGGCUCUUGUUGCUGGAAGCAUGACAAUUACGACUACUGGCCAUGCACAAGCACAAGAGGAUGCCGCUUCUCCUGCAGCAGACGGAGGACCAGCAACGGUUCAAACCGAGACGGAUGCUGGCAAGGCACAAGAGGAUAUGCCACCGGCAGAGGAACAAGCCGUCGUUCUUCCGAAAAUGCGCAAAUCAGGGAAAGGCAAGAAGAAAAAGAAGUCAAUCAGUGGUGCUGAUGCAGCUUCGAACGAAAUUGAACAAGAAGCAGAUGUUGCGGAAGCUGAAUCACCUGCACUAGCCGCAAAAACUGAGGAGGCUCCGAUCACAGACGAGCCACUAAAAGUGCUACCCAGAGCGUCGAAGGGACCUGGCGGCAAGAAGGGACCUGGCGGCAAGAAGGGACCAGGUCAAGCUCAGACAGCAGGUGCGUCAACAGGAGUAGAUCAAGGAGUGACUGAAAGGACGAUAGACGAGGGAACGCCGUCGACUGGGAAACCAGGCAAAGCAAGCAAAGGUCCUGGUGGCUUCAAUGCGAAUGCCGGUUCGGCUAAAGGACCUGGCAAGGGGGGUCCAUUGCAGUCUGCUGCGAACGACGAUGAUGAAGGUGACGCCCAGAUUCGAAGUGUCAAGGCCCUAGCAUCACUUGUCGAGGAGGUCGAAGCUAUUCGUGCGAAAGAUGUGAACGACAAGAAGAGCAAACCACUGAGCAGCGAAGUUGCAGACGGGAUCACAAAGAACAAGAAGAUGCAGUCUCUGCAAGUCUCACUUCAGCAAAUCAAAGCUCAAGCAGGAGGUCUAGAGCGACUGUUGUUACAAUCGCGAGUUGGGGAUUCGCCUAUAAAGGUGGCAACCGCCAACAUGGAGACGCUGCAGGCAGUGGUAGCGGAUGUGGAGGGCGUUAGUGAUAUCAUAGUCAAGAUGAAACAACUUGACAAUGACGGCCUUAAUAGCACAGGGAUCUCUAAGAAGACAGCACCAGCAGAGAUCGUGCAGAAUCCAAAUAGUGCGGAAGACGACCACGGAAUAGACGAUAUGAUAGUAGUGGCCGCUUCGUCGUCAGCGAAGAAUGGAGGUGGAGUAGACUUCAAUAAGUCACCAGACGAGAGUGGACCGAGUCUUUUAGGUAGCAGUUCACAGGAGCAGAUGCAGAGUCCCACUGGUUCACCAGGUAGUAGAAGUAGUGCGGAUGUGCUAUCAUCAGCAAGGAAAAAUCUUCAAGCUGAUUCAGCUGGAGGCGGCAUUAGUGCAGAAGUUGCAACAGUAGAGUCACCUCUUGUUCCAGUCGAUCCUCCUCGUUAUUUGAGUCCUGGCACCAGAAGCGACCGAUCUCCAGUAGGAUCUUCACCGAGAAUUAAGCACCAACGACGAGAAAGGGAGCGUCGAGAAGCGGAAGAGGGCAGAGAAAGGGAGAAGGCCAGACGGCAAUCCCUACGUGAGGCCGCACAGAAAGCAGCAGUGAAUGCGUCACGUCCAGUAUCACCAGCACCGCUGGAGAGCAAAAGAACAAGCUUUUCGUUAGUGCCGCAUCUUCAAGAGGAGCAAGGAGAGGAACGAGAGCAAGGAGAGGAACGAGAGCAAGGAGAGGAACCAGAGCAAGAAGAAGAUCAAGCUGUUGUAGAGCAAACUCUUCGCGAACACGAAAACUUUCUUAGCCUUCCUGCAUCUGCAUCAGAUGACGACGUAUCCGAAGUGACUUCGAAGAAGAUGACCAGCAACAUAGUUGCAGUUUCAGAGAAUAUAGCGGAUGGGACGAGUGGUAGACCGACAUUUGCACAAUUUCCCAAAGCGGGUGGGACGAGUGAUAGACCUACAUUUGCACAAUUGCCCUAUCCUCUCUACUACAGUGGUGAAGUACCCCAUUCUGAGUCAGGGCUGAGCAUGCAUCUUCAAGGCACGCGUCAGGCGUUGGAGACAAUGGCAGUGAAGGUUAGUGAGGAACUAUCUCCGAAUUCUCACUUGGUACAACAGCAGCAGCUACAGGCGCUUGAUGGCGCAGCCAGUAAAAUAGGAGAAGCGCAGCAAGAAGAAGUCGAUGACGAGUUGCUCCUCACAGCUGGUGGGCCUUCACUACGAGAAAGCGAGCCUGAGAUGCAACAUGCGAGUAGCAUGUUCUACGCACCGAACCAUGCAGCCGUGUCUUUCUUCGGUUUCAGUAGCACCGCGCCAUCCGCGGAGACAUCGAAGUCGUCGACUAUGGUGGGUGGACGUGGUCGACUGCCUGCUCAACAGCCUUCCAGCAGUGGUACUACAAUGAAGGCGGGCGCCUGUGGGGCAGAUGCAGAAGUAGGAAUAGAAGGUGUCAGUGAGCCAGCUGAUGAUAUGUCUCUCGGCAACACAGAACAACAUCAGCAGCAGCUUGUUGGAAACAGCUCAGGUGGCCCAGCGGCAUCUCUGUCCAAGGACGUGGCUUCUUUGUCUGCAUCCACGUCGUCUGUUCGAAAGUCGAAGAAGAAAACAUCGUCGCCUACCACGCUUGCGGAGAUACUGAAGCAGCGGAACACAGGUGGUUCACAGAUGGCGCCGGGUCCGCGGACUAGCAGGUUCAGUGUGGUGAACUACAUGAAGAUGAAACGGAGUUCACCUGUACAACCUCAUGCUGUUGGAGGAGCCACUACGGCUAUGCAUGCACCCUCAGCCGAGUUGUCCAGCGGUGGUAACAAGAGGGCAGUAGGAGUCGUCGGACUGUCGCAACAUCAAGGUCAAGGUGCAGUGAGAAAAGAGAAGAGCCGAGGUUCCGAGAAGCCGCAUCGUCAAGCAGGACACCCGAACAUGAACAUGAACUCUUCAGUCUCAUCAGAAACGCAAGGGCAACGGCUUCGACCUCGAGCACUCAACAAUACCGAAACAACGCGAACUAUGACAACAACAACAGCAGCAUGUCCAAGUGGAGUGGUGCCGUUACUCAGGUCGUGGCUCGUCAAGCCACCAGUUGCUCUCUUGUCUGGCUUCAGCCAGGAUGAACGAGAUGGAGCUUACUUCUACGGCGACACUCAGGUGGAGCUCGUAGUCGUGAACGGAAAUGAGCUGUGGGGCCGAGUGACGCGAGGUUCUGACAUUCCGCAGAUGCAUCGUCCUCUCAGUGAAGUCGUAAAUGAAGUUCACAGCCUGGAAGGGAAAUUGUAGCGUAUUCAGCACUAGUACCCGCUAUUGUUAUUCUUUCAAAGGGAUACAGUGACCCUGUCAGAGCUUCGACGAAGACAGCUUUUCUUCUCCUGAAUACAAGUACAUGACAGGAGGUGGGAACCUACCACGGGAUAGUAAUCGUAAUUCAGCAAGUAUAGACUCGACUGGGAUCAUAUUAUCGAAUGACAGCCCUUUCUCUGAAAUGCGAUAGAUCAAGGAUGUCAUCGUUUUUAGCUUUUACAGUCUAUCUUACUAUAACGUAACAGCAACUUUCUCUUUCAUGAAUUCAGUUUUUUCAACGAUGCAGCUGUAUUCGCCUUCGCGGCAUGCAUCUCAUGAACUACGUGCAACAAAGAUGAUGAAAGAUCAACCCCACCGUGUAUUGUGACAGAUACAUAGCGGUUGAGCGCACCGCUUGUACAUAGAUUUUGUUCUAUGGAAGUGACAAAGCCGAGACAGAUGACCAUAUUUGAUCCUAGUAUGCUUUCAAAAAACGUAAACUACGAGCCUACAAGUAGUAAGGCGAAGGCCUUUUUCGCUAUUAUAUGUGUGUGAUACUGUCAACGUGUCGGAAAAGUGUUGGUGGUGCUCUGUAACUGCGAUCCAACGUUGUUGUUAAUGUGUUGUAGCUCUCUAAGAGUUUACGGCCAGACCAGAGUCUCCACUACAAGUACGACUAGCUGCUUCCACGUGGUUCUGAUGUGUGGCUGUCGCGCCGCUUGUCACUGCUAGGACGACAGUAGUUGCAACGCCUCGCGU